AUGGCGUCCAUUCCCCGAGCCGAGUUAGAUGCUCCGCCACAGGCUAGAUCUGAGGCAGGGAGCCAACCCCAGCCUCACGACGCCAGGCAACUCUUUGGACCGCCGGCCGCGGCAUACAACGGCCCCUCCCAGCUUGAUGUCCUGACGCCGAAUGAAGGACAUCUACUUCGCAAACCAGACGGGACGGCGCGGUACUUUGGAGAGUCGUCAGGAGCAAACUUUCUCAAUCACGUCAAAGAAUUCAUGGUGACUCUUCAGCCCCUUGUCACAGGCGUAGCAGUGCAUGAGGGUGUUUCAAAUGGGGGCACAAUGAUCUUAAGGAGCCUUGGGUCGUAUCAGACGCACGACUCACGACCUCUAGGCUUGCUUUCCGUAGACUCAUUGUGGCUACCUACCCGCACCGAGACGACACUGCUCCUCACCGAGUUUCGGUACUUUUUGCAGGACGGGAAUAGCGACUUUCCUAGCGGCAGUAUCUUCUACUGGGGCCAUGUGCCUGUGAUACCGCGAGACCCUGACCGGGCCGACCUCGAGUCGAACGGGCAGCUCGCCCUCCUCCAUAUGCUCUUUGCAAUCUCCGUGAGACUUGGCAGUGGUGCUGGGUGGGAGGAGCAGGGGCAUCGAACCAGCCGUGCUUUCUACUCCAGAGCCCGAUCACUGCUAGGCAACCCGCUCGACAUGAUGGCCUCCUCAGAAAGCGAAGUCCCCGUUCUGCUGCUCAUUGCUCUGUACUUCUUAGAGAUCAAUCGCCGUGACGCUGCGUACAUGACUGUAAGCGCGACACUGCAUCUGGCGGUCAUUUACGGGGCGCAUACUACAUGGGACUGUGACGAGGAGAAGAAGAGAAUGUUCUGGACGGCUUUUAUCUUGGACACGUGGCUCUCAUCUUGGCUAGGUCGACCUCCUUCCAUGACUGAGACAGCCAUCCGUAUCCAGCUACCACAGCACGUAGUCGGGCUGCCCGACCCAGCCGGACUUGCUGCUCAUAUCAAACUGGCACGAAUCUCUCGUUAUGUGACAUUUGAGAUUUACCGUAUUGCCCCGUCAGACCAGUCUGCAGCAACUACUCCGCAACAUGUCGAGAAAGCCCUGGAGAUGUUACACGAUUGGAAUGCCUCUCUCCCGCGGAAGUUGUAUCUCGACUAUGAGAACUUGACCCAAGACAGAGCCUGCUGCGUUUUACAUCUGGCAUUUAAUCAGGAAAUCAUCCUCACCACGCGGCCAAUUUUCUUCAUCGCAGUCAAGAAAGCCGUCGCAGACCGCUACAUAUCGUCCCAGACGUCCCAGUUGCCUCAGUUACCCCAGCAGAGCAUAGACGAUCAUCCACACGCAAAUAUAAUCCGGCAGAUCGUCACAACUGCCCGCAACAAUCUGCGCCUCGGCCGCUGGAUCCGCAAUCUCAGCCCCAGGCAACGGCUCCUGCACAAUGAAGCCCACGCCGUCUUCAACGCCACCGUCAUCAUCCUUCUGCAGCAGCUCGCCUUUGCGAACACACCAAUGAACGACCAGGACAAGGACGAGAUACAUAUGGCCAUUGAGACAUUCGAGAGGGAGGCAGCCUCGGGGAACAACUUUGGCCUGGACUGUGCGAGGGUUCUGCAGGACUUGACCUUCCUGGAAUCCUGGUCCAUCGGGUUCAUGACCAGACGGAGACGCCUACCACUCGAGCGCAUACACAGUCCUUUUAUGACAAUCUGGAAUCCGAUAGUGAUGUGCCAGCAAUGCCUAUAUUGGCGGAGAACGAGAUUGAUUUUCUUCAUAGCGAGCUUCAGG